AGCCUCUGCUUUGCUUGAUGGGGAAGCAGGGGAGAGAGAGGGUGGGAGGCGUGACGGAGGCCCGGGGAAGGAGGCUGAGCAGGGACCUGGCCAGCCCCCUCCUGGGCCCUUGAAGGUGCACUAGGUGGAGCGGCAGAGGGCCACCGCAGGCAGAGUUGGAGGCAGACCUGUGAAGUGGAUGCUGACCAGUUUGUGCUGGUGAGGAGAGCCUGUUUCUGCGACCUGAGCCCAAUGUCACCCUGGGUGUCUCCCCGGGGCCCAGCCACGGGGACAGGACGUGGAACAGAAGAUGGUCUCUGUCCGGGGUUUUAUGGAGAGACUGCCGGCCCCAAGAAGGACUGGAGCAGCUGGGCCCUCGCAGCCACUGCAGAGGGCAGGAUGACAGCCUGUUUGCCCUGGCUACCCGGAGCCCCGCUGCCUCUGCCCUGCCUCAGGGCCUGCCGUUGCCAGAGAGCACCCAGCUGGCACCUCUGAAGCAGACUUGGGCUAAACCACCCGCCAUGGCCCUGAAGGCCCCAUGAAGGAGAAGGCAGCACCUCACCUGCUUAUCAAAGCCACCAGAGGCCACCUCCCUGCUUAUCCUCUGCCUCCAGCUCCCUCAGCCACACAGGGGCUGGCGUUUGGACAGAUGUCAACAUCUUCCUCAAGACUCCUAAUCAGAACCCGGCAGAUAUAUCUUCUGUCACCCACAGGGGCACUGCCUCCAGCAGAAGGUGACUUCUAUUCCUACCUGGUUCACAUCUGGGGGGGGGCCCUGGCCGGGCAGCCCCCCCACAUUUCUCCUGCCCUGAAACACGGCUCUAGCCAACCUGCUCCGCUGCUUCACCUGCGACCGCCUGUGUGGGGGCUGCACAGCGCCGGCCCCACCGGCCCGCCAGGGCAUCGUCCUCCAGCCCGUCAUGCCCAGCUGUGACCCUGGCCCGGGCCCUGCCUGCCUCCCCACCAAGACCUUCCGUAGCUACCUGCCCCGUUGCCACCGCACCUACAGCUGCAUCCACUGCCGAGCACACCUGGCCAAACACGAUGAGCUUAUUUCCAAGUCCUUCCAAGGGAGCCACGGCCGAGCCUACCUGUUUAACUCCGUGGUCAACGUGGGUUGUGGGCCGGCAGAACAGCGCCUUCUGCUCACCGGGCUCCACUCGGUAGCUGAUAUUUUCUGUGAGAGCUGCAAAACCACACUGGGCUGGAAAUAUGAGCAAGCCUUUGAGACGAGCCAGAAGUACAAGGAGGGAAAGUACAUCAUUGAAAUGUCACACAUGGUGAAGGACAACGGCUGGGACUGAGGGGCUCAGGCAGGCAGUGCCCUUCCUCCGCAUGCCCCACCCUCCCAUACCUGUCUCCUGGCCCUGACAAGCGGUCUGUACCAGCAUGAGUACUGCUCCACCCCUGGGGGGAUCCCGGCUCCCACCAACCCCUCCCGCCUCCACCUCAUCACUCCCAGGCCUCUUUGGAACAGGGGUCUGGGGUACUCCAGGGGUGUCCAAGGCUCAGGAGUGGGCAGCAGUCAGGAGAGAGGCAAAACUUGGGAAAGGGGUGGUUGUGGAUCCUCCUAGCCCCAAGGUCCUAUAAAUGGAGGAGAUGGCAGGCCGUGCGUUAGGCAGAGGCCAGUAGGAGGAAUCUGCAAAAAGCUCCACCUUUUCGAGUAAACAGAGGACAAAGCUUGAGUCAGGGGCUGGUAUAUCCUGGGCCACUGAAUAUCAGAGAAAAAGCUUGGGUUGGGGUGAAGUUUGGGCCUCAUACACAGGGAGAAAGCAGUCUCUGAGGGUGAAAGGAAAAAAUCUCAAAUCCCAGGCCCUGGGAAAUAAAGGGAUCACAAGGGUUUCCAUUUCACUCCACUUGUUUAUCUUGGCACUAAAGAGGCACUUUCCAGUAUCUAACCUUUGCCACUUAGUGGGAUGGGGAGAGCUGCCUCGGGAGCAGCCCCCACCCCCAGCUGGCUGUUUCCGGAGUGAGCGGUCUCUAGGGGCAUUCCCUGAGGCCCAGCUACUGCUCCCUGGGACGCAGUCCCAGGGAGGGGAGGCGGGAAAUCAGUGCUACGGGGCCAGGCUUUCUCGUGGCUGCCACCAGCGAAUGAAACUUUUGUAUGAUACAUAAAGUGUUUGGGUUUAUUUUUAAUAAAAAGAGGAAAAGCAGCUAUGAA